AUUUGGCUGUUGGACAUCGAUCAGACGCUAGCUUCACACACAUAAUUAUCUAUGAAUUUGCGAAAACUGCAUUUUUGCAAGCUGGCAUCACUGUCAAUGCGCAUAUCCAGAAUCCAGUUUGUUUUCGUAUUUUGGUGGGUGAAACAGAUAUUCGCUGCAACUUCUUCGCAACUUCCAAAUCUUAAAUAGAAACUUUUGUUGAGGUCAUACAGUUCAUCAGGUCUAAUCACAAGAAGAAAUCACAAAAAUCCUACAUUAGGUAGCUUAUCCAUCCAUACAUUGGGUCGAAUGAUGCAGCAGGUUUGAAGUCCAUCGCCGAACUAGAAAGUAAAUCAUGUUAUUCACGCUCUACUACAUGUACGCGACAUUUGUGCAAUGGUGGAAAUUAGGUGCCCUUAAAAAUAAAUUGAGAGGGACCCUAAGUUCUAAUAAUGCCUUAUUAGUAUGCGACGAGAAGGUUAUUUGCGAUACUAGGAAAAAUAGGAGCAUUGAGAAUUUGCUUUUUAAAGAAGAAAAUAGGAUUGGUGUUACUGUAGUACCGAAGCAAAAAAUCAACCUUAGUUCACAAUGGCUGUACUUUCCAAGAGAUUCCAGAUAUUUUCCUAUAUUUUUUAACCAAAGCAGAGCUCCUAUCUACAGCCCAAAUAUAUACGUUUUAAUUCAAGCGAUCUUAGAGUCCUAUAAAAAACAUCAAGCCGAAGUAUUAGAGAUUGAGAAUUUCGGAGAAUUAGUAGCUUGGAAAGUUACUGACCAUUUUGAGGCCAUUCUAAAAACGGAUAUGGAUAAGUUGACGAAACUAAUUCAUUGUUUCUCUCAAAGAGAUUGUGAUAUUAACCAUGAGCUUCAGUUGCUAAAAAUAGAAACUAUUGACAUUGAUGGUGUUGCUAAAAGAAUCGUUUAUGAAAGGCAGUAUUCUAUAGAAUCUUCCCAAAAAUAUUCUUUAGCGCCUGUGCACUGGAAGAAGUUUGUUAAGGAUGUCAAGGACCUGUACUCAAAAAUUAGAGAUGCCACCAAUCCUAAAAUAACUAUUGACAAUGGCACGCCAAAACCAGAAGAAGUGAAAAUAGUUCCUGUUUCUGAAGUUAAGCCUAUUAAAAAGGAUAAAAAAGCAACCGAGGAAAAGAAUACAUUGGACGUAAAUUGUUCAGACUAUAGGAGACACAGAAGUACAGAGCAUAAACACAGAAAACAUCGUUCUAAAGAUGAGGCAGAAUCGCCGAGAUCUCAGAAACUUACCGAUAAGGACAAGGAUGAAAGAACUGAGACUAGUGUCGUAGUGGAGGAUGAAGUAGAAGGUCUGAUAAUCGAAGAAAAAGAUAUGCAACCUGAAGCUGGACCUAGUAGACAGCAUAUAGAAGAGGUUGAAUUUAAACAUGAAGAAAAUAAGGAAAUCAAAGAAAAAAAACAAAAAGACCAUAGGGAACACAAAGAACAUAGGCAUAAGGAAAAACAUAAACACAAAAAGGCAGAAAGCAAAGACAGAGAAAGUAAAGGAGAGAGAAGUAAAGAGAAAGCGUCAACUGAAGAGCAUCAACCUAGUGAUUCUGGUGCGCAAAAAAAGUCAGCCGAGAAAAUUAAAAAGGAAGGAAGAACCUCUAGUAAGGAGAAAAAGCUUGUCAGAGCAUCGGCUACUUGUGAUGAGCCUACCGACACUAAUAAAGUUCAAGGUACAACUCAAAUACAAAAUGGCUCAGUUUCUCAGAAGGUAAACCCUGAGAAAUUCACAGAAACUGUGCCUGAAACCGCUAGUUUAAAUGAUCCAAAUAUAGAAGUAGAAUCACCGGCAGAUUCGGACGAUUUCACAGGAGACAGAAAAAUGUUACAAAAUGCAAAACCUUUGAAUGUUUUAGUGUAUUCAGAAAGCUCACUUGCUAGAACUAACGUUAAGGAAGCUCUUGAAACUAUUUUAAAUAAAUUAAGAUAUACAAUUUACGAUCUCCCAAAAGGUGGCAGCCUUGCAUGGCGCGAAACGGCUGCGCUAGUUGUUGUGUGUGGCAACGUGGAUCCCAAAUUGACUUAUCAUUUAAUGAAGUAUCUUUUAAAUGGCGGACAGUUACUUUGCCUUUGUAGUGACUUACUGUAUAGUGUUUUACACAAUUUUACUACUGCAGAGGUCAGAGAGCACGAAUUAGUUCGUUUUACUUAUGGCAAGUGGCGAAACGUGAAAAUGAUGCACCACGUUUUUUGCUACCAAGCAUCUCCUGCGAAAAAACAAUUUUCCAAAGACUCAGACGCGUCAAAUCAAAGUAGCGGCAACGGAUCGAGUCCGAUUGCUCCCAAAACUCCAUCCACUGUUGAAAUUCAGCACGGCGGCAAAGAUUAUACCAUCCAAGUACAAAUCUUAGGCGCAGAAGAAACGUGGCAGACGCCUAGUUUGUUACUGGCAUCUGUUAAAGGAACAGAAGGAAAGGCCGUCUUUUCGCAGAUUCAUCUAGAAAUUGAUCCAGUCGAAUAUGAAGAGGAUGAAAACUACUACAAAGCUCUCACAGGCAGCAAUCAAGAUCGACUAGAUAUUCUUAAAGAUCUUUUGGUCAAUCAAUUAGGAUUAGAUUGUAAUAAUAUAGAAGAUCCUGUUUUGACCCCCGCUUAUUUUUUGGGUUGCCAUGAACUUAAAUUGGCCAUGAUGUCGGAAUCUCAUUCAAUAAAAGAAGACGAAAUGACUGUUGGUGACAUGCACGUUCUUUUUUGUGGAAAGGAUGAUCCUUAUGAUGAACCGACAACAAAGUUUCUGCCGAUUCUUGUGCAUGCGUGUCCACAGAAUUUUAAUACUGUUAGCUAUUUUGAUACAUUGAACACUAAGUAUAUUGGGAGACUGGUUAUUUACAGUGACGUUAUGGCUACUACACAUCAACUAGUAAAGCAUUCACAGCUGUCACAUGGAAUUGCUGUAAUUACAAGACAGCAAUUGGCAGGAGUUGGUCGCUCAAAGAAUAGAUGGUUAAGUCCCGCUGGUAGUGCUUUGUUUUCCCUACAGUUACAUAUUUCAACAAUAACAAAUUUAGGAAAAUCUCAGGGUUUAAUACAGCAUUUAAUCAUGGUUGCGGUCGUCAAAGCAGUUAAACACCUUACUGGAAAUCAUACCGAUAUACAUUUAGGUAUUAAAUGGCCAAAUGACUUGUAUGCGAAUGGCAUUAAGAUUGGUGGAGCUAUGGUUACAUCAACUAUAUUAGGCGAGUUAGCUUCAAUUAAUAUUGGUUGUGGCGUAAAUCUCUCAAACUCUCUUCCAACCACGUGUAUAAAUGACAUUAUUAAGAAUGUGAACCAACAGAAAAACUCCGGCAUUCCUGAAAUUAGCCAUGAAAUGUUUUUCGCGCAAGUAUUUAAUGAGACUGAAAAAUUAAUAGACAGGAUGCAGGUCGGAAACUUUGAUUACUUUUACGACUAUUACUAUGAGUACUGGUUACACAAUGAUGCCGUGGUAACAGUAACAAAGCAAGGUAAGCUUCAACAAGCAAAAGUAGUUGGCAUUAGCGAUCAAGGCUACCUCAAAGUCAAAUCUGCCAAUGGAGAAAUCGAGGUAGUACAUCCGGACGGAAACACUUUUGAUAUGUUAAAAGGCCUUAUUUACCCCAAAGACUUUUAGAUUCUUCUUUAAUAGGGCUUGCCCAUUCAGCAUACCUUAUGGGGGUCAAUAUAUUUCUUAUAUUGAACCAUAUCAUCUCCAGUUCCCGAUUUACCAGAGAGUUAAAAGCAUAAGGUACAGUAUGUAUAUGUCUUAUGGACCACUGGUGUAGUAUUUUCCUUAAAAACCAACUGCGCCCUAACACCUUUAAUAACUCUAUUUAAGGUGAAUACAUCUGGGAAUUCUUUACUUUAUCUGGAAACGAAAGAAUUAUAAUUACAUAAAUUAUUACAACUGUCAAUCACAGAGCAUAAAGACAUUCUCCAAUUAGUACUCUGUACCAUCUUCACAAUCCCCAGGACACUGUGGGUCAUCGGAUGAUGACAUAACUUUAACUGUGUUUUUAUUACGGCAUACUCUUUCAAUGUGACUCUGCUUACCACAGCUAUGACAAUUCCACUUCGCUACAGGACAAGUAGUUUAGUUGUGAUAACGCCCACAUCGAUAACAUGAUGAGUUUUGACUUUUAACUGCAUUUAAAUUUUAAUCUCUGCUCGGCUAAAUUCAAUUUUUUUAACUCAUGGCCUUAUAAUAAAAACCAUAGCCUCCAUAGCCACUGCGGUUUUACAAGAUUCAGCAAAGUUAAAUUUUCAGUGCUUAAUAACUUUUUUUGAAUGUCUUCCCUAGGGCUAGGCCACAGACCAACCUAUCACGUAAAGCUUCAUCUAAGAAUGAGUUAAAGUUGCAAUGUUGUGAUGCAUUUCUUGGCCUUACAGAGAAAUUAGACAGACUCAUUUUCAAAUUGCUGCAAUUUAUAAACUUCAAAGCGUUAGGCCACGAGUCUAAGUGGAGAAAAAUGUUUAUUUAGCACAUUUACAACCUCAUCAUAUGUUAAAGUGGAUGGAUUUCCGGGAGCAAUCAAAUUCUUUAAGAUGACGUAAGUCUGUCCACCAAUUAAUGUUAUGAAAUAACUUAACUUACGAUUAUCUGGGACCUCAUUAACAAUAAAAAAAUGCCUCAUCCUCUCCAUGUAACUUUCGAAGUUUAACGCAACGCAACUGGGGUCAUAAAACUUCUCUUCCAAAAAACUACUGCUAAAACUAAACGUGAUAGUAUCCUGACUUAACCUAGAUUAACCUAUUUGCAGAGUGUCUAGCGUCAUAUCAAUGUGAAGUCUUUAAGGCACGUAAGGGUUUCACUAAACUAAAGCUAUAUUUCUACAAUACAUGACAAAACUAUGUUUAAUAAUAACACAAAUACAAGGUUAGCAAAAGCUAUAUUUUGAUUACAAAAUAUUGACAAAAAGCAAUUAGGUUAAAUGCCACGCAAUUACACAUUCAAGGUGUAAACCAACAUUACAUUUAGAAGAGUGUUUUCGUACAUUUGAUUUGCCGACCAUACAUUUUCCUUGCUUGCCUUCAGGAGUUCCUUUCCCUUUCAUAUUUAAAUAUGAUCUUCGAAGCUUCUUUAGGUCUGAAAGCGAGUUCACCCUUAAAAAAGCUUUGGCUACAGCUCUCCUGAAGUCUAAUAUUGGACUACCAUUUGCGGCAAUACAAUAGACUGCAUGAACACUUAAAAGCACCAUAUAUUUAUUGUACUUAGCUAUUGCGCUGAGGGAAAAAUAGUUCUUUUUUUGUUUCGUGAUAGGGAGCUUGACACCGCUAUUGUCUUUCUACAAUACCACUAAUUUAUUGUUGGUCUGCUAAAAACCUUAUUCUUAAUAUCCCCUCUUUUCUUCAAGGUUUCAAAGGACAAGGACCCAUUCGGUUAUUGCGCACUAUUCCAGACGCGCAGAUCUCAUCAGAUAGCUCUCGCAUAAGCUCAUAACUGGUAAAAAAGUAAACCAGUGAUUAGAUGGAUUGUUGACCAUUUCACUUUUUUUUAAGAUAACAGAAGACCCUAGACUCGCACUGGCAACACAAUAGAUUUGUUUCAAAUUUUUUGCCCCCAAAUACUCCAGUAUAAAAGCAAAAAACUGUCUUUAAGCAGCACAUUGCGCAUCAUGAUUGAACCCAAAUCGAAGAGGCUUUUCCCUAAUAAAUUGAUUCAAGUAAGGAUGACCAGUAAACCUAUAAUUUGUUCGUCAAUACUCAGGAUGCGACUAAAAGAUAUCAGGUAUAAUUUAUUGAACCUAAUGAUGGGUCUUACUUUAUAAAGCUUGCCUCAAUCUUCUGGCUUGGCCGAUAUAAUUGAAUUGUCAUUGAAAAGUAUAUUUCUAGGUAGCGAUUUCUAAGCAUGCAUUUUCUUAUGUCCACGUAGACAUUUCUAUGUUUGUCUUCUGACCAAUACAUUUGUUUUUGUGGACGGAAUAAUAUUUAGGCAAUGCCAGUAUGCCUCGAAAUUUAUUUAGGUACACAUUCUCUAGAAAAAGUGAACUCAUGUCUGUUAUUCUAAGCUUCAUAACUUGCACUUUCUCUAACAAUGUAGAUCAUCAGGUCCCCAUCAAAGAAUAGAUCACAAAACUUCGACUGGUAAUUUACUGCGAAUUUUGUCUUUAAUUUUUUGCCAGCAAAUAUCGCGUACUGACUGGCCCUCAGUUAAAUUAGCCAAUACAGUAGAACUGGCUUUUUCUACCUGUUCCCAGGCUGGAGAUUGACUGCCAGAAUUUCAGAUCUUUUGGGCGCUUGCGAAGUCGUGUUAAAUCUUAUCUGUUUUGAAGUAGAAUAGCUUGGCUUCGGCUAAUCAGAUUUGGAUGUCCUCUUAGCAUCUGCGAGGCCGUGAAGUUUAAUAUUUCCUGGAAGAUCAAGGGGAACGGAAUAUUGUAAGAUAUCCCUAUCUAGAUCUUCAGAAUCUGUUAGGCAAACUACGUGCUCUGGUGGAACUUCAACAAUGUCGAUGUAGGUCUACUCACUUUGAUUUUCUGGAUCUUCUAUAUAAGCCUCAAGUUCUCUAAAAGAGCGGAAGCCUUUCUAAAAAGAGAGGAAAAAGUACAUAACAUGUGCUACGAUUCUCAUUUGGGUAUCGGAACACAAAAGGCCGCUACAACCGCAUUUUUAUUAUUUUUUGUGUAACUAUACUUUUUUUAUAUGCUAAAGGGUCCAGUCAAUCCACAAUUAAAAAAAAAACUCUUGGCAAAACUGAUCUAUCAACAAAUAGUAAUGAAAAUAUAAGUAUUUAAAAAGAUCAACCUCCCCGCCACAAAUCUUCAUAAUUAACUAAAUACGUUUAUAUUUGCGCCACUAAAAUAUCUUAAACCGACAAAAUCACAUACGAUAAUGUCUAAGAAAGAAGAAGAAAUUAGAAUUCCCCAAAUCGGGGAUCGUGGCAGCAAUGGGUCAAAGGAACGAUUAGGAACUUGAAUAUUAUUUUUUUAACUAAACUAUGCUUUUAUUAAAUUUUGAAUCUGCCAUAAAGAAUCUAAGAAAUAUUUAAUUUUUUUAUUUGUUAAGAUUUGCCCUGGUUGUGCCUACCUGAACUAUCUUGGGUUAAAGAUAAUUGACCUAACAUGGAAACGUUGGACUUUAUUUCUUGAAUAGUCCUAAAACCUGACAACAUACUUUUUAGGAAAAAUAGUGUUAUACCUAUUUUUGUAGUUAAUAGAUAUAUUUGAUACUGGAAUAGGGAGGCAAUACGUUCUGCCGUUUACUAAAUAUACAAAUUUGUUUUUUUUUUCAAUAUUUAACCGAAGCGAAAAAACUUUAUAUUACUAUGUAACUAAUCAUAAUCAUGGACAAUUUUUUUUAUCUAUAGACUAGAGCCGAGACUAAGAUCAAAUUGUUGUACAUCUUAAACUAAAUUCAUAAAAUAGUUAAGUGUUUAUUUUUAUAUCUCACAGUAGAUAGAAAUUCCAGCGUAUUUAUUAGGCUGUUUUAAAUAAAUUUUUAAAGUCGUAAUAAACAAUAUAAUUAUAUGUAUUAAAAAUAUCGAUGUUAUUAAAUGUGAACCUUGUAAAAACUAUUGUUGCAAAUUUAAAUUUUAAAAUAAAAAUUAUCAGUGUUUUGUAAA